GAGAAUACAACAUUUGUUUUUUUUUUUUUCAAGUGGCCAAUGGCUGAGAACUCAAAACGCCUCGCUCAUUGAUAUAUUUGUUGAUUAACGGUUGAGAGAGGACGACCUUCUAUACCAGUGUGUAUAAAGGUUCCUUGGUGAACGUUCGUCGAAUCUAAAAUCAAGUUUUCUAUCAUUACGUUGUUUUUUUUUUGCAAUUUACAUUCUACUCGGUGCACCAUCAAUUAUCGCAAUCAUGAAGCUACUGGGGGCAUUUAUUUUCGGAAUGAUCUGUGUUUCGGUUGCUGUUGGGGAUGGAUUGAAGUGUACCCUGAAGCCGGCUGACAUUCCAUCAGACUGGCUGGACAUGGUGGACCCCUGUAUAAGGAUCAUGGGACAUCAGGUCCAGACUGAGAUUCAAGCUGCGAUGACUUAUCUGGCAAUGGGUGCUCAUUUUGCGAAAGACUCUGUGAAUCGUCCAGGUUUCAGCAAAUUCUUUUUCGAAGCAGCGAGCGAAGAGCGUGAACAUGCCAUAAAAAUCAUCGAGUACUUGCUAAUGCGUGGUCAGCUCACCUCUGACGUCGGCAAGCUCUUGAAAUUCCCACUGAAAACUCCUCGUGAGGAGUGGUCCACAGCAGUGGCGGCACUCAGUGAGGCACUGACCGUUGAAGCCAAGGUCACCAGCAGCAUCCGAGAGAUCAUCAAGACCUGCGAGGCACCCAAGACUUCAGACUUCAACGAUUAUCACCUCGUUGAUUAUCUCACUGGCGACUUCUUGGAUGAGCAGUAUAAGGGCCAGCGUGACCUCGCUGGCAAGAUCUCCACCCUUGGUAAAAUGAUGACCACCCAUGGGCCUCUGGGUGAAUUCCUCUAUGACAAGAAGCUCCUGAACAAUGAAGUCUAGACUUACUCAACUCAGAAGCAAAUUAUCAAGGGAAAAUCCCUUUCGAUCAAACUUAUUUUUCAAUGCAACAAAUUAAAACAAAAUUUCGGUUAAUGACUUGUCUUUUUAUAAAUUUAUCAA